AUGAAGUACUACUAUCAAGUGGUAACUACGCCGACGGCCGACACCCCGGGCAGCGCGGUCGUUCUCAACUUCCCCGAUAAACGCUACCUCUUCGGUCAGGUCGCCGAAGGAACGCAGCGAGCAUGCGCGGGAACGUCGGUCAAGUUCGGUCUCAUGACCGACAUCUUCCUCACGGGCCGGUUGGAGAUGAGCAACGUGGGAGGGCUGUUCGGCGUCAUCCUCACGCUAGCCGAUGGACUGGCCAGCGCAGCAGCCAAUUUAUCGGAGAAGCAGAAGAAGAAAGAGGCAGACCAGCGGCAGCAGAGGCCGAAGCAGGAAUCCGCUGAGGGGAAGGCAGAUGGACUGCCUAUUUCACAGCCGGGAAGCAAGCGGAUCGCGCAGAGAGGGACCCUGACGGUUCACGGCGGGAAAAAUCUCACGCACCUGAUGGCUACUGCGCGCAAAUUCAUCUUUCGCCAGGGUCUACCCAUGUAUAUGCAGGAACAUGAUGGGGACAGCCUGGCUGGACAGCGUGGGGGUCUCCCAGACCCAUACGAACAACCGACGUGGUCAGAUCAGAAUAUCAAGGUCUGGGUCAUGGCCGUGAGCCCUGAGUCUCAUUCUCAGCCUAAGGCCAAGCGCACAAGGAAGCGCAGCCAUGAGGAGUUUCGCGAGGAGGACAAAGCGGGGGUCGAGGAGAAGAAGGCUGCGGCGCUAGCCGAACAGGUUAUCAGGCAAAAUGUGGUGUCGAACAUGUUUAAUUCGACAUGGAAACUGGAUGCUUUACAUGAGACUAAAUUAAAAGACGUGCAGAUGCCCGGACUCAUGUUUGUCAGGGACCCGGUAACCAAGGAUUUGCGACGGUACACCGGCCCGACUCCUGGAGGCCGCACGCCAGUUCCUGACAUUACCGUGCUGGUGCGCAAACCUUGGCCUGGUGCCAAUGUGGAGAGGAUUCCUCCCGUGUCUUGGAACGAAGACGCCAUCUCUUACAUCGUCCGGAACCACAACAUUAGAGGGAAGUUUGACCCUCUCAAGGCUCAGGCUCUGAAGGUCCGUAGAGGCCCGGAUUACGCCACGCUGACCAGAGGUGAUAGCGUUAUCUCAGAGGAUGGUCAAAUUAUCACGCCCGAUAUGGUUCUUGAUGAGGAAAAGGUUGGCAAAGGUGUCGCAAUCAUAGAUUUGCCCUCGCGAGCCUAUGUGGAGAACCUGGUCAACCGCCCUGAGUGGGACUCACCUACGGCGGCCUUGAAUCUGGAAGCUUUCAUCUGGAUCCUGGGCCCACGUGUGGGAGAUCAUCCCAAGCUUCGCGAAUUCGUCGCGAAGAUGUCGCACUGCACGCAUACGGUCUCCAGUCCCGAUUACUGUCCCGAUUACCUGGCCAUGAAAGAGGUUGCCGAGUCGACGGUGCAGAUGGCCAUGGUCAGGCCCGACAACUAUGCCCUGCCUGCCUAUGACAAUGUGACUGUUCCACAAGUCAGGCUCUUCAAUGAUCCUCCAACGAAAAAACGUGCCCCCUUGCGACCUCUAGAGCCGGGCCUGAUUAUCAACAUGGAACCCACUUUCGAGAUCGAUGAAUCUGAAGUUACUCCUCGUUAUGAUCCCAGAAACGCGAAGGAAAAGUUGCCGAAGGCCGUCGAGACUCAAAUGAAAAUAAUUUCUGGACAGGAAGAAACUCCCGAGUUCCAGGAUAAACUGGCAGCAUUCCGAAAGGACCUUCCUGGUGCUGACGUCGAAAUUAUUACUCUCGGAACUGGGUCAUCAGUACCAUCCAAGCAUCGAAAUGUCUCCAGCACGCUCAUUCACGCACCAGGCCAUGGUUAUUACUUACUCGACUGCGGCGAGGGCACUCUUGGGCAGCUCAAGCGCGUCUUUGGAACUAAGGCAUUGCGCGAAGUUUUCCAGAAUAUGCGGAUGAUUUGGAUCAGUCAUCUCCACGCUGACCACCACCUUGGUAUUGCGAAUGUGAUCAAGGCCUGGUAUCAGGCAAAUUAUCCCAAUGGCGUGCCACGGACUGACGUGAUCGAGGAAGACAUGUCCAAGAUUCUACGGGAUAAGCGCCUGUUCGUUGUGUGCGAACAAAUGAUGACUACUUGGCUCGAGGAAUAUGCCAGUGUCGAGGAUUACGGCUUCCAAAAGGUGACGGCUCUGAGCGCUUUUCCCGAACAGAUCCGAAGUGGUAUUUACGAGACAUCAUUUGUUUAUCGUCACUGCCGCGCCGACGGUACCUUCCCUGGGCAACGGGAGGCGCAAUCCCAACCCAAAACAACCAAGCUUCGAUUCCAGGAUGAUUCGGACCCCCUCUCGGCUCUUCUCCGUGAAGCCAUCGGCCUUUCCGACAUCCUACCGUCCCGAGUUUCACACUGCCGUGGAUCCAUGGCUGUGACCCUUGUGUACCCCGAUGGCUUCAAGCUCUCCUUCUCCGGCGACUGCCGUCCCUCCGAGAACUUUGCAGCUACAGGCCGCGGCUCGACGGUUCUCAUCCACGAAGCCACUUUUCAAAACGACAUGGCGGGGAGCGCGAUAGCUAAGAAACACUCCACGUACGCCGAAGCCUUGGAAGUCGCGCGUCAGAUGCAAGCCCGGGCCCUCCUCCUCACCCACUUCAGCCAACGCUACCAGGGAACUGUCACAAUGAACAACGGCCAGUCUUCGCAGAAGGCCCAGGAUGAAGCAGGUUCGGACAGCUCUGCCAGCUUGCGAACCAAGGACGUCCCUGAUGAUGAGGAAGGGCUGGCUGAGGAGAGCAGCCCCCAGCUCGAGGGCUCGAACGAAGACGCCGGCGGUGUGAUCAUUGCCAAGCCCAGCACCCAGUACAACGGGCCCUACGUCAACGCCUUUGACUACAUGCGCCUCCGUGUCGGAGAUUUCCCCGUCCUCCAAGCUUAUGUACCGGCCAUGGAGAUGCUGUUUGCGAUCCUGGAGAGAGCUGCAGCGGAAUCUGCGGAGAAGGCUCAGCAGCAGAAGACGGCAAAGAAAGAGAAUUCGAAGUUGAAGGCGGCAAAGAAAGAGAAUUCGAAGUUGAAGGCGGCU